UGCUGUCUACUGUACACGGCUUUGAUGGUUCUCUCCGCCAACUCUCGUGAGGGCUUGACCAAGCUGGUCACCCUCAGAGGUCAACAAGAACUGUCGACGAGCCAGCUCGGGAACAUCAAGAAGCACCUUCUAAACAACGAGCCCCUGUCUCACGAUUUCUGGAAAGGCAUUGAAGAGCUGCGGAGUUUGAGGGCGGAAGCGAAAAUCAUCGUCGUCUUCAACAGCAUCAGCCAAGAAAAAGGGGAGGGCAGCAUCCAACCCGCCGGCAGGAACUCACAACAUCAUCAAUGCCUUCGCUAAAGGCAGUGGCAACCCGGUGCGGAGAAUAUGUUUGUGUGUGCCGACGAGAGGGUCUCGCGCGAUACUUGAAAAUAUAUUCAACGCCACCGAGAUGCGGACAGACCAGUUUUUUUUUUCAAUUUGUUUUUUUCUUCUGCUAUUCUUU